CGACGAUGAAAGGCUUUGAGCACGCAGAGCUCAUUAACUGGGACGGUCCUCUAUCAUCCAUUUCCUAUCAUCCUCGGUCACCCAAAGACGUACCUUCAACAUCAUUCUUCAAGUCGACGAGCAGCGCGAAGGCUACCCUUCCAUCGUAUUCUUCUAGUACAUCAUCACAAGCCGCUAAUGAUUCUGGAGAAGAUUCAGAUUGCUAUAUAAUUGAUGUUUCAUCCUCAAUAGACAAUUUAUUUGACGCAAACUGCGGUUCUAGUACGCGUGCUUCAGUCAAGGUAUCUUCGCGUUACUCCUGAAUCAUUGUGGUUUACUGAACUCCACUCAGCGGCGCGCGUCAUCGAUUGAAACGCUCUCAGCCGCACACAUGCCUAAACUCUUCCAGCCGUCUAAUCUCGAUACGCCGUUUCCAUUAAUCCACGACACCUCAGCUGCCGAUGAAGUUUUGACACCAGAAUCAUAUUUUUCUUCCUCACAGCACAGCACCCUGAACGUGCCAGCUUCGUUCUAUGCUUCGGAGUUCAACUUAUUCGACACGUCUAUACCCCCUCUUUUAGCUCAUAACGACGUGAUUGAGUUGACUGACGAUGAAGACGCUUCCGGACACAAUAGUAUCAAGAUUACUAGUGAUAUUGACAAUGAAAAUGAGGAGAUGGUUGUAGACAACAUGCUUACUGAACCUUUUUCCGUACCCGAUUCGUCUUCAGAUGGUGCCCGCUCUUUGAGAUCGUCCUCGCCCGAAAUGGGAGACUCCCUAUUCACGCCUCCUCCACCUUCCCGUAAGCCUCGCAGACGCGUUAUUCUCGACUGUGUAUCUGUGCCACCCCUUCCAAAAGACACGACCAGGGUCGAUUGCAAGGCGAAGUCGUCCAUCAGCAAACCUCAGCAGGGUGUACAGCACCCGUCAGUUAUCCAGGCCCUGACUGCUGCAUUCGCUCAAAACGACCGGCUACCAUCACCCUCUCUCAGUCGCAAGGGAAAGGAGCGUGAGCAUGAACGUCCACCCCCAGCUCCUGCACAUCCCAAAAGGAAGUACAAGCCUCGUUCCCGAAAGUUUGGAGAAGACGUUUCUACAGUACCAACGCAGAUCCUGGACGCCCAAUAUCCUGCUAUCGAGCUUGAAAUUCACGAACUGCCAGAACUUCUACCGCACCACGACAAUAUCUUGCAGUCAAGUACUUAUUAUAUCUACGCCAGACACGUUCAACGCCUUUACGCACAACUGCACGAAGUUUUGCCGCAGAUUAUUCCGGAGAUGAAAGGACCUGCAGUCCCGGAUGACGAGAAAGAUGAGAAAGAAGAUGAACCUGUCUUGCCUCAUGUUCUCGCACCGCUGUUUGAGGAGAGGCCAGAUAUCAAAGCGGCCCUUACACCAUACUUCGGACGCGGGCCUCGUAAAGGUUCCUCUCGCAAAGGUAAAAUAAAGAACGGUUUAGAGCCGCAAAGUGUCCCGACUUCGUCCAAGUCUAAAUUGGGAUCCACUGGUACCGCCCUUCAAACACAGGACCCUUCAUCCUCUAACGUCCUUGACGACAUCUCGCACUACACCGCACUGGAAGAGGAUCACAUCCUGGACUUCAGCAUGGAGAUGGAUCAGUAUUUGAACGACAUCGGAGAUUCCCCUGCAAAGACAUACUCUCCAGGCAUCAAGUACACUCGAUCCGCACCAAGUUCUUUCAUUGGUUUCCUGCACAAUACAACACGGCUGCUCCCUGACGCAGCGUCGGCCACACGAGAAGAUGCAGAGGACAGUUUCUUCGGAGUACCUCCUAGCCCGAAGCUGGUAUCCGAACAUCCUUCACUACAGCUCACGGACAUGUAUGCUACCAAUUCCUCGCACAGCCUGGACGCUAGCUUCGAUCUUGUGCUUCCUGAGAAUGGCCAGUGGUCGUUAUCGCCUACCAUUGAGAAAAAGAGCUUAUCCCCCGAAAGUCUUCCUCUCUCAGACAGCGCACUCCAAACUCGAAACAACUCCCAGCAGGCCCCAUCAUAUACGUGCGCAGACCUCCAGGAGUGUCCUCAUCGCAGGAAGCCCCAGCAAUCUCGAACAAAUCGUCUGGCAAGUCACGAAGAAACGUCCAGAUCAAAUAUCGCACUAGUGAAUCAGCCUCUGUAACUGAUGAAGGCGACGCGAUUAGGUCAGCGAGAAAGCUGGAUGACGGGAAGGUUAAGGAUGAUGGAGGGUGGACUGCUGAAGCUAUCUCUACUCCACCUGUACAACCUGGGGCGCAGCCAAGUCUCAAGUUACGGAUUCGUC